AUAAACCGAGAAAGCUGGUGUACAAUAAAGCCGUGCCCUGAUACAGCGUCUCUGUUGGCCCCCGCACAGAGCCCAGAAUGUGAGAACUUCCUGGAUGUUGGACUGGGCAGAGAAUGUGCCUCAAAACAAGGUGUCCUCAAAAGAGAAUCUGGCAGUGACUCUGACCUCUUUCACUCACCCAGCGAAGAAGUGGACAGCAUCAUCUUCCCCAAGGUACUGUCCCCCUCAGUAUGCGACUCCUGCUCCCAGCCGCGGAUGCAGCCAGCAAGGCGGGUCUCCUCCUCCGUCCGCAUCUCUCCACAUCUCCUUAAGUCUAAAACCCUUUUUUCUCUUGGCUGUUCUUACUCCAGUGAUGAGGAGGAGGAGUUGCAUAAUUCACGGCCGUUCCUCGGUACCAGUGCCAACCUGACCAAGAGCAUAACAGAAGAGACCUAUAGUUUCCUGCCACAGAGCCCCUCCAAGAAAGAUUUUGAAGGGAAGAGUGGAACGAAAGUCAGUCGUACAUUCAGCUACAUCAAGAAUAAAAUGUCCAGCAGUAAGAAGAGCAGAGAAAAGGAAAAAGAGAAAGAGAAAAUCAAAGAGAAGGAGAAAGAUUCGAAGGAGAAGGAGAAGGACAAGAAGAUCGUCAACGGGCACACUUUCAGUUCCAUCCCUGUUGUGGGUCCGAUCAGCUGUAGCCAGUGCGUGAAGCCCUUCACCAGCAAGGACGCCUACACGUGUGCAGGUAAGCGACCGGCCUCUUCCUUUUUUCUGUUUUCAGGGGAGAAUGCAGAGCGCUUAAAGAAGACGUACGGCAAGUUUUGUGGGCAGCAUAACCAGUCUGUGAACUACUUUAAAGACAUUUAUACCAAGGACAAGCGGUUCCAGGCCUUUGUGAAGAAGAAGAUGAGCAGCGCCGUCGUGAGGAGGCUGGGAAUCCCAGAGUGCAUAUUGCUGGUGACCCAGCGGAUCACCAAAUACCCAGUUUUAUUCCAAAGAAUAUUGCAGUGUACCAAAGACAAUGACGUGGAGCAGGAAGAUCUGGCUCAGUCCCUGAGCCUGGUGAAGGAUGUGAUUGGAGCUGUGGACAGCAAAGUGGCAAGUUAUGAAAAGAAAGUGCGUCUCAAUGAGAUUUAUACAAAGACAGACAGCAAGUCGAUCAUGAGGAUGAAGAGCGGCCAGAUGUUUGCCAAGGAGGAUUUGAAGCGGAAGAAGCUUGUGCGGGACGGGGCUGUGUUUCUGAAGAACGCAGCAGGAAGGUUGAAAGAGGUUCAGGCAGUUCUGCUUACUGACAUUUUAGUGUUCCUUCAAGAAAAAGACCAGAAAUACGUCUUCGCAUCACUGGACCAGAAAUCAACAGUGAUCUCGUUAAAGAAGCUGAUUGUCAGGGAAGUAGCACAUGAGGAGAAAGGUUUAUUCUUAAUCAGUAUGGGGAUGAAGGACCCAGAGAUGGUGGAAGUGCAUGCCAGCUCCAAGGAGGAGCGAAACAGCUGGAUUCAGAUCGUUCAGGACACGAUCAACACCCUGAACAGAGAUGAAGAUGAAGGAAUUCCUAGCGAGAAUGAGGAAGAAAAGAGGAUGCUGGACACCAAAGCCCGAGAACUGAAAGAGCAACUUCAACAGAAGGACCAGCAGAUCCUCCUCUUACUGGAAGAGAAGGAGAUGAUUUUCCGAGACAUGGCUGAGUGCAGCACCCCCUUGCUGGAGGAUUGCUCCCCAACUCACAGCUCUAGAAUCCUCUUCCGCUCCAACACAGAAGAGGCUCUCAAAGGAGGACCUUUAAUGAAAAGUGCAAUAAAUGAGGUGGAGAUCCUUCAAGGUUUGGUGAGUGGAAGCCUGGGAGGCACGCUUGGGCAGGCUGUCAGUAGCCCUAUUGAGCAAGAAGGCAUGGUUGGUCCUGUUUCCUUGCCCCGGAGAGCAGAGACCUUUGGAGGAUUUGACAGCCACCAGAUGAAUGCUUCAAAAGGAGGUGAGAAGGAAGAGGGGGAGGAUGGCCAAGAUCUGAGGAGAACCGAAUCCGAUAGUGGUCUGAAAAAGGGUGGAAAUGCUAACGUGGUAUUUAUGCUUAAAAGAAACAGUGAGCAGGUUGUCCAGAGUGUCGUUCAUCUCCACGAACUCCUCAGCACGCUGCAGGGCGUGGUGCUGCAGCAGGACAGCUACAUCGAGGACCAGAAGCUGCUGCUGGCCGAGCGCGUCCUCGCGCGGAGCUCGUCGCGCCCCAGCUCCCUGGUAGAGCAGGAGAAGCAGCGUAGCCUGGAGAAGCAGCGCCAGGACCUGGCCAACCUGCAGAGGCAGCAGGCGCAGCACCAAGAGGAGAAGCGGCGGCGCGAGCGCGAGUGGGAGGCCCGCGAGAGGGCGCUGCAGGAGCGCGAGGCCCGGCUGGCGCAGCGCGAGCAGGACGUGCGGCGCGGUUGGCACCCGGUGCUGAGUAGGUCUUAG